AUGAGCAAGAGAAGAAGGUCAGAAGAGCUACUACCAAGUACCACAUCUGCUACCGUACCAACAAUAGUAUGCACACUAGGGUAUUGUGUUCAAGCACCACCUGAAUUCUCGAGUUACCCCGAAUAUGAAUUGCACGUCCAAACCCACCAUACACAUAUAUGUCAUGCCUGUAAGAAGAGGUUCCCAUCGGCUCCAAUACUAUCGAUGCACAUAGAAGAGAAACACGACCCGUUCUUUGUAAUAAAAAGAGAUCAAGGUCUUAAAGUGUACAAAUGUUUCAAGUCCUACAAUGAAAUUAAUCCCUGUCAUAAAGUGUGCUCAGAUAGAAAGAAGAGAAGACUCCAUAUGAUCGACAAGCAUGGGUAUCCCAGAGACUAUAACUUUAGUAUUAUUGAUCGUGGACUAUGA